ACAAGAAAAAGGCAGAACCAUAACUAUAAAAACAUUAGCAUAUCCAACAUAGAUACCAUUCUUAUCUAUCAACAUCUUCAUCUUCAUCAUCUGAUUAGCUUGUUUCAAAGAUGAGCAAAUUAGAGCUGGUGUUUGUGCCUGCCCCAGCCGUCAGUCACCUUGUUUCGACAUGCAAGUUUGCAGAAAAGUUGCUUGACAGAGAUGAAAGGUUAUGUAUAACAAUUCUGAUCAUAAGGCCACCCCCACCAUGGGAUGUCGGCAUAGAUGCCUACAUCAAACGAAGCUCCUCUGCUCCGAAGGGUUUUCUUUGUUUCCUGUUUUAUCUGUCUAUUUGGCAUGACCAAGUUGGGAGGGAAUUUGACCGAUCCGAUGCUGAUUUAAAGAUAGCAGCCUAUGCUCAUCCAGUACCCUCAAAAGCAUUGCCUACGUUUGCAUUCAGCAAGGAGGGUUACGACUCAUUUCGCGAACAUGGUGUCAGGUUCAAAGAAACCACAGGAAUUCUCAUCAACACAGUUGCAGAAUUCGAAAGUCAUGUUGUAAAUAGCUUAGCAUCUGAUCCUGAAUUACCUCCAGUUUACACGGUAGGCUUUCUUAAUGACCUUGAGGGACAAAAAGGUAAGGGAAAUUCCAAGACUGAAGAUGAAGAAAUCAUGAAAUGGCUAGACCAGCAGCCACCUUCAUCUGUUCUUUUUCUGUGCUUUGGAAGCGCGGGUAUUUUUGAGCCACCACAGCUAAUCGACAUGGCAAUUGCACUUGAACGAAGUGGGGUUAGGUUCUUGUGGUCAAUAUAUAACGCAAUUAUAACACAAUGUUCAAUAACAACACAAUGA